GUGUGUAAUCAGCAUUAAAACAAAAUAUAAAGUGUAAUUAUAAAAAGGAUUAUACAUUUAAAAGCAAAAAUAGUUUUCAAAGUAUUCGCUGGUAUGGGAAAUCAUCAUUGAUCAACGAAGCAGUGUGAAUUAUCUUAAAAAAAUAGAAUAAUUUAAAGAUUUUUUAAAAUUCUGUUGUAUCUAAUAAGAGAAAACUAUCAUAAAUUAUAAGUAUACAUAAAAGUUGCUUUGAAAUGACAACGCAAGAUACAAGCACCCGUAGAAGGGUGAAACUAUAUGCAUUGAAUGCUGAAAGACAGUGGGAUGAUCGUGGAACAGGACACGUUACGUCGAACUAUGUAGAUCGAUUGAAAGAUUCCUUCUCAGGAAUUUCGCUUCUGGUGCGAGCCGAAAAUGAUGGCUCAUUACUGCUUGAGAGUAAAAUUCAACCUGAUACCGCUUAUCAAAAACAACAAGAUACUUUGAUUGUGUGGAGUGAGGGCGACAAUUUUGAUCUUGCAUUGAGUUUUCAAGAAAAAGCUGGAUGUGAUGAGAUAUGGGAGAAGAUUUGUCAAGUACAAGGAAAAGAUCCAUCAGUUGAUACAACACAAGAUCUUGUUGAAGAGUCGGAAGAUGAACGCUAUGAUGAUAUGCCAGAUUCAGCGCCACCCGUUGAACUUCCUCCUUGUGAAAUGUCGCGUCUUGAAGAUAUAAGCGAAAUUAUAUCAAACAGCCUCAACACACAAAUACGUAAGGAGAAGCUGGGAGUUGCUUUAGAACAUGAAAACUACAUCAAAAAGCUCCUCAAUCUUUUCCAUAUGUGUGAAGAUCUCGAGAAUCAAGAAGGACUUCAUUAUCUUUUCGAAAUAUUUAAGAAUAUCUUUCUUCUCAACCGUACGCAGUUGUUCGAGAUAAUGUUUGCUGACGAUACCAUUUUUGAUGUUGUCGGAUGUUUAGAAUACGAUCCAUCAGGUGGACCACCAAAACGUCAUCGUCAUUAUCUUAAGCAAUAUUCGAAGUUUCGUGAACCCAUUGAAAUAAAGAAUCCCGACCUCUUGGCAAAGAUUCAUCAGACUUAUCGAGUUCAGUACAUUCAAGAUAUUGUUCUACCUGCGCCGUCCGUUUUUGAAGACGCAAUGCUGAAUUCUUUGUCAAGCUUCAUAUUUUUUAAUAAAUGUGAAAUUGUCACACUUAUUCAAGAGGAUGACAAGUAUUUGGAUGAUCUCUUCGCUCUGUUAAGCGAUAUAAACACGCCGCUUGAUAAGCGUCGUGACUCGGUGCUGUUCCUAAAAGAAUUUUGCAGUUACGCUCAACUGUUACAACCACACGCAAAAGAAGCUUUUUAUAAGAGCUUAAUAAGUCUCGGCAUUCUGCCAGCUUUGGAAAUCAUCUUGAACAUCCCUGAUUCGAAAAUAAAGUCGGCAUCAAUUGAUAUCCUCACGACAAUUGUUGAAUAUUCGCCUUCAUUGAUAAGAGAUUACACAUUGUCACAAUAUAAUAAUCAAGAGGAUGAUCAAUGUCUCAUUAACAUUGCAAUUGAACAAAUGCUAAACGACUCAGAACCAGAACUAGGAGGCGCUGUGCAGCUGAUGGGCGUCAUUCGAAUUCUUCUUGAUCCCGAAACAAUGCUAGCAAGCGCUAACAAAUCCGAAAAGACAGAUUUUCUCAACUUUUUCUAUAAAAAUUCCAUCCAAAUUUUAAUCACUCCUUUAUUGACCAACACAGCACAUGAGAGACCAGCAAAUGAAGAUUAUCACACUGUACAAUUGUUGGGACUUAUUCUUGAGUUGCUUUCAUUCUGUGUUGAACAUCAUAGCUACCAUAUAAAGAAUUGUAUUAUCAGCAAGGAUUUAUUGAGGAGAAUUCUCGUUCUUAUGCGUUCAAUGCACACUUUUUUGGUUCUCUGCGCUUUGAGAUUUUUACGUAAAAUCAUUUCAAUGAAGGAUGAUUUUUAUAAUCGAUAUAUUACAAAAGGAAAUCUUUUUGCACCAGUUGUCGAGGCCUUCAUUCGCAACAACGGACGUUAUAAUCUUCUUGAAUCUGCCAUUUUGGAAUUGUUUGAAUUCAUAAAAUUAGAAGAUAUAAAAAUGCUUUGCACUUACGUUGUCGAAAAUUUCGGUAAAAUCUUCGAUGAAAUUCAAUACGUGCAGACAUUUAAGACUUUAAGAAAUAAAUAUGAUCAGCAUCAAGACAGACUAAAGGAUAAGGAAAAGGGUUACGAUACAAUGCCGUCUAUCUUAAGAAACUCAAGGUUUCGUCGUGAUCAACGUCAACCACCAGAAGAAGAAGAAAUGUGGUUUAACGAAGAAGAUGAUUUUGAAGAUGUUCCUGCAGACACAAAAAUUGUAUCAGAUCUGGAUAGCAGCAUAAGUAAAAUUUUGGAUAAGAAAGCUGACUUGGUUAAUGGACCAAAGCCCCAUCUUCUACAAAAUUCUACAAACUCAGCGAUACAACAUCAACAGCAACAACAAUCAAUGCAAACAAAUGUCAAUUCAACUAAUAAUAAUAAUAAUCUUGUAAGUAGCAACAGUCGUAAAUCAGCGGAAACAGUGACAUCGUCAUUGGAAGAGCGAAAUGAUGAAAAAGAAAAUUCACCAAAGCUCCAAAGUGAAACGACAAUGAACUCUGUUAAUCAAGAUACAAAAAGUGAUGCUGUAAAAGCACUUUCUGCAGCUCUUGGCGAAGAAGCUGAAGCUGAAGAUGAAGAAGAGGAAGAAACAACAAAAGAAACGAAAGUGACGUCAUUGGAAGAAAGUGCUGUAACAGAUCAGAAACCAUCACCACCGCAACAAAAGCAGCAAGAGCAGCAGCUAGCGUCAAGUAGUAGUGAUACUGAAAAUGUCGAUAGUAGUAACAAUAGUGGCGGUGAAGAAAGUAAAGUUGAAAUUGAACCAACAAUGUCUGUGAGUGCCGAAGAAGAAAGCAGUGUAGGCGUCAAAAAGGCUCUUGUUGAUUAUGAAGGGGACGAUUCAGAUGAAGAAGGAGAUGAAAAUAAUGGAGAUACAGAGGAUGCUGAAGAACCGCAACAUAAAAAGGCUCGUUUGGAAUAGUUCAAUACAUAAAUGUGUCCAUAAAUCAUCCAUAAAUAUUUGUAAAAAUUUAAGGAUGAAGGGAAGAAAAUAUGAAACAAAUACACAAAAAAACUCCUAAAAGAAUGGUAUAACGUAAAUUAAUUUAAAAUAAUAAAUAAAAUAAAAAUAAUUUAAGUUUUAAAAAUGAA